AUGACAUCCAUAGCAGCGACCAAGCUUAUAAUCAUGCUCUGCGUUAAAACACACAAAAGAGAAGUUAUUGGUGGGACCUCGGAAGGAUUUGAGAAAUCAACCACGAUCCUGAUAUUGACAAUCGGAUUACUCGGGUUCGUAGGAAAUAUUGUAACUAUCAUAAAAAUUUCACGCGAUAAACGGUUUCAUACUCCAACAUAUCUUGCCAUCAGAUGCCUUGCAUUGCCAGAUACUCUAAAUAUCAUCACUUUCAUAUUAAUAUUGAUAGCAAUGAUUAUGAUGAUUAUGGAAGAUUCAUUCGAUCGUAUCAAAACCAUUUCAUAUACAUUAAGUUUUCUUAGUAUUUUUCAGGGGUUGAUUGCUAUCAGUGCAAUCAUUAUAAUACAUAUUAAGAAGGUAAAGGCUCUAAGAAUGUCGUCUGUUACAAACACCAUCCGUAGAAGAAUGAAUGUUAUUAUUUGCAUUAUAUUAUCAAUUUAUAUUUUCUCUCGUAUCCCUUUACUUUUAUUUAUGUGUUAUUCAUUUUAUGUUCUUUUUACAGGCAAUCUUUUUUCAGUUAUCUUUAAUAUGUACAUAUACAAUACAAGUCUACUUUUUGGAAUCCUUAAUUUCUCUUGUAACCCUUAUAUAAUUUUCUUGGCUUCAC